CCAAUAUUUUUGUAAUUCUGUACCCACUUUAAUUUUACAAUUUUUCUUAUUACUUGUUGGUAUUUUUCCAACUUGUAAGCAAAUACGUUAAUUGCAUAUACACUAGAAUAUAUCUACCUAUAUAAUAAAAAUAGAUUGCGAUUUAUUUCUAUUUUUAAUUCAAAACAAACAAUAAAUAAGGCUUAUGGCUAGGAGGCCAAAUAGAUUUGAUGAAGAAUUAUUUCUGGAAGUGGAUACAAAUUACUUGGGUUACGAGUUAAACAAUGAGGGCGGAGACCCGUUAUUAGUAUAUGGAGUUCUACGAGCUCUAGUCGAAGAAGAUUUUGAAAAAGUAAAGUCUUUGGUUAGACGAGGAAAGUCCGUAAAUAUUAAUGAUGGUAGCGGAAAUACUCCUUUACAUCUUGCAGUAAUAAAAGACAACUUGGAAAUACUGGAAAUCACAACCAAGAAUAGAAAAAGACAAUCGCAAUUUUAAUGGCGAAACUCCAUUAUUCUUAGCCAUAAAAUGCCAUAGGAUAAAAAUUGCCGAAACUUUAAUCGACCAAGGAGCCAACGUUAAUAUACCUAAUUAUGAAGAAGUAACACCUCUACAUCUUUCAGUAACCUAUCCUCGACUUGCCCAUUUGCUCAUAAAAGUUGGAGCCCACUUGGAUGCUACUGAUUAUAGUGGAGAUACACCUCUACAUGAUGCAGUUGCAGAAGAAACCAUAGAAACAGUUUGUAUGCUUUUGUAUUAUAAUGCUGACGCUAAUUUAAAGGGAGUUAACAGUCUAACUCCAUUUAUGAAGGCAAUCAUUGCAAAAAAUGUAGAAAUACAAGCAGUUCUGGUGGACUAUGUGGAUGAUUUUAAUAUUGAAACUUAUGAUCACGUAUCUACUUUAGCAUUGGCAAUCAGUAAUAGGUCACCAUUUGUGGAAGAAAUAAUUCUUGGAGGAGCUGAUGUUAAUUAUGCUUACGGUUAUGAUCUCAUUGAUACAUUUUCUUUAUGUCUUCAGUAUCCAAAUCCCAAAACUUUCAAACUAGUAUGGGAUAGAUUGAAAUACGACGGAGAUGAUAUGUCCCUUGGAAGCAUAUUAUGGAGAAUCAGCGGUACCUUGAGGAAAGAAAUUUUUAAACAGUACAUAGAUAUAAUAAUAGAUAGUGAUAAUUUAAAUCCAGUAGUUGAUUCUGUUAGUAUAGCUGAGGAUUAUUAUAUGGUAAUAGUAAGAUUCUGCGACUUCUUUCAUCAAUUGUCAAUUGACCAAUUAACAAAAUUAACUUGUCGAUUACUUUGCUACGGUUAUGUAGCUACAAGUUUUGAUAUGAGUAAAAUUUUUCUACAUUACGGAUAUUGCGAAUUAUUUAAAAUUAUGCUUCAUAUGGAUAUUAAAUUUAUAGGAAGGAGACCACCGGAUACUUCAAGACUUAUUUAUGAUUUAAACUAUAAAAUCAGUAAUUUAUUGGAUCAACUCGUUGGAGUUGUUAACGUAGAAUAUUUGCAUAAUACAAUUUAUCAAAUAUUGGAUUACUGUAUUUAUCCAAAAUUACUAAGAAGUUACAUUGAAUUGGAUAGGGACGAUUAUGUAACUUUUAAAAUACUGCAUCUUCCAAAGGUUCCGUCAUUAUUGGAAUUAGCUAGAAAUAAAUGCAGAGAACAUAUAAUUGAAAAAUUUAACGUAAGAUCUUCAAGACAGUUUUAUACUGUUAUACGGCACAUGGAUCUUAAUAGAGUCUAUAAAAGAAUAUUAUCCUUCGAACAAAAAUUGUAUUUUCCUUCUUAUGUAUAUUCUAAAAAAUAUAAUAAAUGUACAUGA